AAAGUUCUUCAUAUUUCAACCCCCGAUUUUUACUCUUUCAUUUCUACUCUACGAGUUUGGGUUUAUUCUUUCUGUGAACACCAUCUGAAUAUGAGUUCUUCGAGGUCAAAUGCUAGAAUCAUUAGAUUCGCUGUAUUCGCCUUAUUAUUGAUUGUUUGUGGGUACAUUUUGUCCACAGGAUCAAGUUACCUGACACCUACAGCAAAACCAGCUUCAGACGCUCCAAAAUCUGAUGCCGCCAGUAAGGAUACCAAGGAAGUUUCUCCUGGUUCAUCACCAGUAAAGGCUGUUCAACAAACAGUCGGAGCUGAAAAAUUAGUCCCAGUUCCCGGUGAAAAAAUUAAGGCGACCUUUGUUUCUUUGGCCAGAAACUCAGAUUUAUACGGUUUGUUGAAAUCUAUUAGACAAGUGGAAGAUAGAUUCAAUGGUAAAUUCCACUACGACUGGGUGUUUUUGAACGAUGAAGAAUUCACCGAUGAGUUUAAGGAAACUACCAGCUCUAUUGUUAGUGGUACAACCAAAUACGGUCUUAUCCCCAAAGAACAAUGGUCUUACCCCGAUUGGAUUGACCAAGCUAAGGCUGCUGAGGGUAGAGAAAAGAUGGUCGAGAAGAAGGUGAUCUAUGGUGGGUCUGUUCCUUACAGACACAUGUGUAGAUACGAAUCCGGUUUCUUCUGGAGACAUCCAUUGUUAGAUGAAUAUGAAUACUAUUGGAGAGUUGAACCAGAUAUCAAUAUCUUCUGUGACGUUGAUUACGAUAUUUUCAAGUUCAUGAAGGAUAAUAAGAAAAGAUAUUCUUUCACUAUCACUUUGCCUGAAUAUAAGGAAACAAUUCCAACAUUAUGGGAUACUACCAAGGAAUUCAUCAAGAACAACCAACAAUACUUAGCCAAGGACAAUAUGUUGGAAUGGUUAUCUUCCGAUGGAGGUGAAACUUAUAACGGAUGCCAUUUCUGGUCUAACUUUGAGGUUGCCGAUUUGAACUUCUGGAGAUCCGAUGCUUAUAGAGCAUAUUUCGACCAUUUGGAUAAAGCUGGUGGGUUCUUUUACGAAAGAUGGGGGGAUGCUCCCGUGCACUCGAUUGCUGCAGCAUUGUUCUUAAACAAAGACGAGAUCCACUUCUUUGACGACGUUGGAUACUUCCAUGUUCCAUUCAACAAUUGUCCAGUUGACCCCGAAAUUAGAAAAGCGAAGAGAUGUGCUUGUGAUCCUAAAGAUGAUUUUACCUGGAAGGAUUAUUCUUGCACAAAAAAGUUCCACACCGUGAAGAACUUACCUAGAAUGAAGGGUUGGGAGAACUUUAGUGGAUGAUCGAGAACUCUUUUGUAUACAAUUUGGCUUUCUUCUGUUAUUUAGUUGCAAAUAAAACUCUUAACGUAAAUUAGACACUUUUUAUAUCG